AUGGUUUGUCGAGUCAGUAUGCUUGCUGCUGUGUGGUCCAUGCUAUCCAAGGUGGUUUCUCCAUUGUGGAGGACUGUAAACUCUGAUGAUGAAGCAGUGUUCUCAGGUGCAACAGUCAUUGAGGACAUUCGUCACAUGCGGGGCAGUAUUGUUACUCAGCUGUGCCUUGACUAUGGCAUGAUAGAUGAUGAUGUGUACUUCACCAGUGCGGAGGUGUUGGGUGGAGUACCCCUCAAACAAGGGGACAUGGUGAACUGCACUGCUAUAAGAGGAAGUGUGCAGGGUGGAUGGAAAGCAUUAAGGGUUCAGAAGAGGUCAGAUGAAUGGGAGAUUGAAGGAAAAACCUCCGUAGAAGCUGACGGCAUGCAGUUGCGGCCUCUAAUCGGCACAGUCACAUCAUUUGAUGGAGAUGGAGGCUACAUUAACCAGACCACCUUCUUUGCACGACACAGUCUUUGCGAAGCUUAUGAACCAAUGACGGGAGAUUGGGUCCAAGCACGGUAUGUUGUCGAUCCUGCCCAGUGGACUACCCAGGCACAUUCUGUUGCUCCCUUACGUUAUGGCCGCCUAAACCAGGUGCCUGUAACUUGUGUAUACGGUAAAAAUGGAGUGGUGGCGGACAGUGUGUUCUUCACCUUGGACUCAUUGUUGCUGCCUGCUCAUUAUCAGCCUUUAUGUGGGCACCUUGUCAACCUGGUAAUGGUGGAGAGCAGUCAAUCUUUCUACUGCUGGAGGGCAUUGGGCAUGGCACCAUCCCUUGACAGUGUCAAUUAUGUACCUGUGCCAGAUACUGGACUUGAGACGGUCUUGUCAAACAAAGGGGGCCUGUAUGUUACAGAUUAUGGUCACUUUUGUGAUCUAAUGAUUGGUGAGACACAACAGCUGGUGCUCUGGAUAAUGAACAAUGGUUCAGAAAACCACAGUCUCAAGAGUUGUGGGUUUGCUGGUUGGGACUCUGCACAACAGUUCACUAUUUUAGCAAUUAGUGAGCCCACACCACAAAAGGUGAACAUGCAACCUUUGCAAGAAACUUGCUCACUCUCUGAGUCAGCUCCUGAGUAUUCAGAAAAAGGUCGUGGAACAAACACAGCAGCGAUGGAAAAUGGCAAGGCUCUGAUAGAGACUGUCAAAGGGGAAAAAGACCUCAACAUUCAACCAGGAGAGAGGCUGUCUGUUGUUGUGGGCUGCCAAGCAAAGAGCCUGGGUAGCUGUGCCGAGCUGCUGUUGCUGCAUUUCUCUUCUUUCACCAUUGCGAGGCGCCUGGAGGUUACAGUCUUGAGUAAAGAAGAGAACCUGUUGCAGCCCUCCGCGCCCUACGUUCCCUUUGCUUUAGUGUCACCAAUAAGGCCUGCUUAUGUGAUCACGGUCUCAGCUCCAAAUAACGCCAUCAGGCUUCCUCAGCAGCGAGUCCCAAAUUUCUUAGCUGGCUAUCCAGUGCCUCAGGCCCUAAGAGAUUGUGUGGAAGCACAGAAUGAUGUGCUGGUUUUUCAGCCCUGCUUAGGGGAGGUGCUGUCUCCAUCCAAUAUGCAGUUACGCUUUUCAACCCUUCUGUGGUUGGAAGAGCUGCAGAUAGAGAAGGAACUGAAAGCACUCACAAUAUAUGGAGCCCUUCUCAAGAGGGGAGCAGUCGACCUUCACCUAGAAGUCCUUGGCAUGUCAGAGGGCAGACCCAGUCUAAAUAUAGGUGACAGAGUACUGCUGAAGAAACCACAGAGUAAUGGUGUGGUCAUGGAGUACAUUAGUUAUGUUACAGAGAUCAAUGACGACACUGUAAGUUUGAGAGUGAACUCAGAGUUUCAGCGCAACUACCUUGGGGAACCACUUGAUGUUGAAUUCACUUACAACAGGUUAACCAUGAGACGGUGUCAUAAUGCACUUGACCAGACAAAACAAUUUUCACAUAAUAUUUUGUUCCCUUCUAGACUCAGUUUCCAGGCACCUCAGUGGGCUGGAAAGUGGACUGAAGACCCAGUCCAAAACAAAAUGGAGGAAAAUGAGGUAAAAGACAGCCAAAAUAUUAAAACAUGGAAUUCAAUAACUGGCUUUUAAUUGAGUGUGAUUUCAAAGUCGACACAAACUAAAGGUACAGACAGUUGUCUGCCCUUGAAACCAAUCCCCAGCCAAGGGCACUUUUUUAACACCAACCUCAACCACCAUCAGAGAGAUGCCGUUAAGGAGAUCCUGGCAGGAUUGUGUCGGCCCAUUCCAUAUGUGCUCUUUGGACCCCCAGGCACUGGAAAAACGAUCACUCUAAUCGAGGUCAUACUGCAGGUGUACCAUUUUCUUCCCAAUAGUCGGAUCCUUGUAUGUACCCCAUCCAACAGCGCUGCUGACCUUGUGUGUAUCCGUCUACAUGAUAGUGGGUUCCUGCAUACUGCCAGUUUGGCACGUGUCAAUGCUUCUUACAGGCAAGAAGAGUUCAUCCCAGAUGUUCUGAAACCAUAUUCAAGAGCAGGAGAAGACAUCCGCCAUGCCGCUUUUCAUAGGAUUGUCGUCAGCACCUGUUCUAGUGCUGGAAUGUUCCAUAAUAUUGGAAUACCAGUGGGCCAUUUCACUCAUGUCUUUCUAGAUGAAGCUGGCCAAGCCACAGAGCCAGAGUCUCUGAUUCCUAUAAGUCUUGUCUCGGAGACCAGUGGACAGAUAGUGUUGGUUGGAGACCCCUGCCAGUUGGGCCCAAUAGUGAAGUCCAGUCUGGCUGCUGCUUUUGGUCUGGGUAUAUCCUUGUUGGAGAGGUUGAUGGCCAAGCCGCUGUAUACCAGACAGGAGUGGGGAUACAACCCUAAUCUGGUGACUAAGCUGAUGUACAACUACCGAUCUCAUGAAGCCUUACUCACACUGCCCUCCAAGCUUUUUUACAGCGGCAAUCUGCAGUUUAAAGCCCCCAAGGCUGUUGUUGAAUCCCUCUGCAACUGGAAAAUGCUCCCCCAAAAAGGCUUCCCACUUCUCUUCCAUGGUGUCAGGGGCACAGAAAUGAGGGAAGGCAACAACCCAUCCUGGUUUAACCCAGUGGAGGCAGUGCAGGUUAUGUUGUAUUGCUGUCAGCUGGCCAAGAAGCUCUACAAACCUGUUAAUGUCUCUGAUAUUGGCAUUAUUGCCCCCUACAAAAAACAAUGUGAGAAGAUUCGUUUACUCCUGAGCAAGGUGGGCCUCUCUGACAUCAAGGUGGGCUCUGUUGAGGAGUUUCAAGGACAAGAAUACCUGGUCAUCAUCUUGUGUACGGUACGCUCUAAUGAAUCGAUACAGAAUGAUGACUUGCACAGUGCACUUGGUUUUCUGGUCAGCCCCAAACGCUUCACCGUGGCUGUCACUCGCUCCAAAGCUCUGCUCGUUGUUGUUGGAAACCCUCACAUUCUUAUCAUGGACCCAUGCUUCAGCGCUCUGCUGCAAUACUGUUUUGACAAUGGAGCAUAUCUGGGCUGUGACCCCCCUCUCUCACUGACAAAGACUCGUAAAAUCUGCUAAAUCAAAAUGAAACUGCAGACGGAUGGAGAAGCAGACAGAUGCCUAUGAAUGGCAAUACCAUUCAGCUCACCUCAUCUUGUUUUACUGACUUUCUUGCACUGGUUAGCUCUCUGUCGAAUGUUCACGAUAUGAUUGUCUUACUUUGGUUUAAUGCACACACAUGUUCAGUUGUCCUGAGGUGUAGAGAUGAUCAUAUACCCCACAUUUUUUUCUAUUCCUUUUGCUAAAGUUAAUGUUCUUGAAUAAGCAUUUCCAUGGAGGUUUUGUUGUAUUUGAGUAAACUAUUAACAUGUCU